AUGACUAGUAGGAGACUGAUCAGAAAGCUAGCGACGACCCUACUCAAACACAACCAGCGGAACUACAACAGAGGAAGAUUCUUCAACAUGGAAAUCCAAUCAGACCCACUUGAAGAGCUCAACGCGAAAAUCAAGAACCAGGGGAACCACGUCAGAAGCCUAAAAUCAGCGCCAGCCGAACGACGAGACCCAACUGAGAUAGCACAAGCCAUCGAGAGCCUCAAAAACUUGAAAGCGGAACUAGAGCGUCUCAAAGGUCCCCAGGAACCACCACCAACCAAUCAACAACAAUCGAAAUCGAAGAAGAAAGAUGCUACAAGUGUCCCACCGACGAAGUUCCAACUCAAAGUACCCAAGGGGACCAAGGACCACCAUCCCAAAGAAAUGCUGAUCAGAGAAAAGAUUUUCUCGACGAUCACGAAAAUCUUCAAGUUACAUGGCGCAGUCACCAUCGACACGCCAGUCUUCGAACUUAAAGAAAUUCUCUCGGGUAAAUACGGCGAAGAUUCGAAAUUAAUCUAUGACUUACAAGACCAAGGCGGUGAACUAUGCAGUCUCAGAUACGAUCUUACAGUUCCGUUUGCUAGAUUCUUGGCUAUGAAUUCUAAAGAAUAUCCAAGCAUCAAAAGAUACCAUAUUGCCAAAGUCUAUCGAAGAGAUCAACCGGCGAUGACGAAGGGAAGGAUGAGAGAAUUUUAUCAAUGCGAUUUUGAUAUCGCCGGUGCGACUGAUCCGAUGAUUGCUGACGCAGAGGUGUUGACGAUCGCCUGCGAAGUCCUGGAAGCUUUGGAAGUUGGCCCAUUCACGAUCAAGCUUAAUCACCGAAAACUGUUGGAUGGGAUCUUCGAUCUAUGUGGAGUGCCUGAGGACAAAUUUAGAGCAAUCUCUUCAGCUGUUGAUAAACUAGACAAGAUGUCAUGGACAGACGUCCGAAAAGAGAUGACGGAAGAGAAAAACUUGGACCCUGAGAUUGCGGACCGGAUCGGAGAAUAUGUUAAACUCAAAGGUUCUGAAGAUCUACUAGCUCAGCUCUUGGAAGAUCAACGAUUGAUUGCCAAUACGACCGCCAAAGAAGGACUAGAAGAGAUGAAGUUGUUGAUGUCUUACAUGAAUGUCUUUGGUAUCAUGCCCAGAAUCUCGUUUGAUUUGAGUCUAGCCCGUGGACUGGAUUAUUAUACCGGUGUCAUCUACGAAGCGGUAGUCGAAGGCUCGGCACCGCCCCCAAAAGAAGUGACAGCCACGACAACUGAUGAACCGAGCGGGGAAAAAAGCUCGAGAUCGAAAGCGAAAGGGAAAAGUAACGAGCCGAGUGAGACCGCCGAAAUCGAUGAGAGCCAGAUUGGGGUGGGCUCGAUCGCAGCCGGAGGACGGUAUGAUAACUUGGUGGGGAUGUUUUCGGCGGGCAAGGACAAGAUCCCUUGUGUAGGAAUCUCCUUCGGUGUUGAGCGGAUCUUCUCGAUUCUUAAAACUAAGGCUGCCCAGAAUCGGAUGGAAAAACUUCGCGGAAAGGACGUAGACGUCUACGUUAUGAGUGUCGGAGAUGGCCUGUUGGUCGAGCGGAUGAAGCUAUGUAAGGAGCUCUGGGACGCUGGCUUAAGUGCUGAAUUCAUGUAUAAAUCAAAACCGAAGACCCAAAAACAAUUCGAGAUUGUCGACCGAGAUCAGAUCCCAUUUGCGAUCAUCCUUGGGCCGGAAGAACUCAAAUCAGGCCACGUUCGAAUCAAGGAGCAAGUCGGAAAAGAGGGCAAUUUGGCCAUUCAGGACAAGUGUGGAGUCGUCGUCGAACGCUCUCAAAUGAUAUCCCUCUUGAAAGAGCGCCUGUAUAACCCCUCUUGA